UUAGACUCCAAAUCUUAAUUAAAAUUAAAAAUUAAAAAUAACUGAUUCCCAAAGAACUGAACCCUCCCUUCUUCUCCCCUUCACCCACAAACCAACGCUCGUCUUCUUCAAUCUUCAUCACUGCACUCAAGAUUUCCACCAUGUGAGCACACACAAAGAACUUCGAACUUCUUCUUUUACCUUACCUUUCGGCUUCAACUUGCUCUUUCCCUUUCUCCCCUCUCUCUCUCUCCUCUCAAAUCCAAUUCUUUCCCGCCUUUACAUCAUCAUUCACCCCCUUUUCUUUUUCUCUCUAUUCUCGAAUCCCUUCGUCAUCUUCUUCCACUGCAUUUUUCUAUUCACUUUCUUACUUCAAUUUGCUUGGUGGGUUUCAAUCUGUGUGUUGAAAUUCACCCGAUUUUCCCAUUAAACAAAUGGGAGAAAAAGAAAAAGAAAAAAAAAACCUAACAAUUAGUGAGCUCAGGGGGUGGUUUAGUUGUUUUUUUUGCAUUUUUUUCAUUUUCCCCCAUGAUUCUUUUCGAUUCUGAAAAGUGGGUUUCUCUCCUUUUUUUUUAAAGAUUCUUUAGCCAUUUGUGAAAGGGAGAUUCUUGAUUCUCAUGUAAUGAUUCCGAAUUAAGCGCCCCCUUUUUGAAAAAUCACUCAAAAAGCUUCAAUGUCUCUUGGCCUUUAGCCUCUGUAUCCGUCCCCUUCUCCUUCUUUUCCCCUUUCUUUUGACUUCAAAAUCAAAACCCCUUUUCGAAUGGACUUAUAAAUGAGCUGUUAAGGCACACCCUUCACAAAAUUAGCUCCUCAUAGACACUACCAAUGGAAACCCUGUAUCCAUCUUCACAUCUCUCGAGCUCUGCUUGGUUUGUGCUUGAUAAUCCAAGCACAAAGUGGACUAAAGAAGAGAACAAGAUGUUUGAGAGUGCUCUUGCUAUAUACGAUAAAGAAACACCUGAUAGAUGGUUCAAAGUAGCUGCUAUGAUCCCUGGAAAAACUGUGAGUGAUGUGAUUAAGCAAUAUAAGGAGCUUGAAGAAGAUGUUUGUGAAAUAGAAGCUGGGAGAUUCCCAAUCCCAGGUUAUGAUCUUGCCUCUUCUUUUUCAUUUGAGUUUGUUGAUGAUCGAAAUUUCGAUGUGUAUAGAAGGAAAUCUUCUGUUGGUAGGGGCUCUGAUCAUGAAAGGAAGAAAGGGGUCCCAUGGACAGAGGAAGAACACAAGCAAUUUCUACGGGGACUUUUGAAGUAUGGAAAAGGGGAUUGGAGAAACAUCUCAAGAAACUUUGUGAACUCCAAAACUCCUACACAAGUGGCAAGCCAUGCUCAAAAGUACUUCAUGAGGCAGCUUUCAGGAGGGAAAGACAAGAGAAGGCCAAGCAUCCAUGAUAUCACGACUGUUAAUCUCACAGAGCCCACAGCAUCAGAGAAUGAGAAGUUAUCUUCAAUGGAUCAAUUUUCCAAGCUUCCUUCACUGCAGAAGUCACCCUGCUAUCAAAAGCUUUUGUUUGACUGGAACCGAUCCAAUAACGUGGGGUUUCUUGGUUUAGGAUCUAACUAUGGUGAUCGUCUCGUGUCAUUCCCAUCUGGGAUUGCUGCAAAUGGAAUAAAGAAUGAGCAAGAUCAUGAACUGAACAGUGCAUAUUAUGGAACUUAUUCCAAACCUCAUAAAUCCAUAUUCCAAUUUGAACCCUCAAGAUAUCAAAUUUACGGAUGAGGCGGAUGGGUGGAUGCUCGCGUUCAUCGCUCGGUUUUUAAAAACACACGCCAAUUCCAAUAAGGUUCAAUAGACUCUUAAAUGUCAAUACCUUUCUUUUGUGAUGUUGUGCUUAUGAAGAUCAAAAGAUUCAUAUAUCUGUCCUUUAUCAUCAAAGACAUAUGUGUGCCAUAUGAAAUGAGAAAAAAAAAAAAAACUUGCAUUUUGUUCU